UUUGAAUGGCGUGUCGGUCCAUACUGGUGUGGAUUCAUGUCAAGUCGCGCUUUAGUGACGUUUGCGAGUGGCUGAGUGGUAGACACGGGGCUCUGCAAUGGCUGUGCUUUUGGAAACAACGCUGGGGGACAUUGUUAUAGAUCUAUAUACUGAGGAGAGACCCAGAGCUUCCUUAAAUUUUCUGAAGCUCUGCAAAAUCAAAUACUACAAUUAUUGCCUUGUUCACAAUGUCCAAAGAGACUUUAUUAUACAGACUGGUGAUCCGUUGGGCACAGGACGAGGAGGAUCUUCGGUUUUUAGUGCACUCUAUGGAGAUCAGGCCCAAUAUUUUGAGUCUGAAAAAGUACCAAGGAUAAAACAUAAGAAGGCAGGAACUGUGUCAAUGGUGAACAAUGGUAACGGACAACAUGGGUCACAGUUUCUUAUUACCACUGCAGAAAAUCUGGAUUACCUAGAUGGUGUGCACACAGUGUUUGGUGAAAUAUCGGAAGGAAUGGAUGUAGUGAAAAAAAUCAACGAGGCAUUUGUGGACAAAGAUUUUGUUCCUUAUCAAGAUAUCAGAAUAACUCACACUGUAAUACUCGAUGACCCAUUUGAUGACCCACCAGGACUACCCAUCCCUGAUCGUUCCCCAGAACCCACCAAAGAGCAGCUUGAUAGUGGCAGAAUAGCAGCAGAUGAAGAUAUUGAUGACAGCAAAGGCAAAUCUGCUGAAGAGCUAGAAGAAAUUCUUGCAGAAAAAGAAGCCAAGACUCGAGCAGUUCUUUUGGAAAUGGUUGGUGACAUUCCUGAUGCAGACAUCAAGCCCCCUGAAAAUGUACUUUUUGUUUGCAAGUUAAAUCCUGUUACAACAGACGAAGAUUUAGAGAUUAUAUUUUCAAGAUUUGGACAAAUAAAGAGCUGUGAAAUCAUUCGAGACUGGAAGACUGGAGAGUCGCUUUGUUAUGCUUUUAUUGAGUUUGAAAAGGAAGAAGAUUGCGAGAAGGCUUACUUUAAGAUGGAUAAUGUGCUGAUUGAUGACCGUAGGAUACAUGUUGAUUUUAGCCAGUCAGUAGCUAAAGUAAAAUGGAAAGGAAAAGGUGGAAAGUACACAAAAGAUGAUUUUAAAGAAUACGAGAAAGAUGCUGAAAAGCAAUCUAAGCUUGCGCUGAAAGAUAAAGCCAAACCUAAACAAGACAACAAGUAUGAACUGGUGUUGGAUGAGGAUCUUGAGCAAUCAGGAAGUAAUAGACAGCCAAGCACUAAACACAAAAAAGAAAAGAAACGUCAUCAACACUAUUCUGAUGAUGAAGAUGAAAGACGAAUAAAAAAAUCCAAGGAUUCUGAAAAGGAUGUACGCCAACGUAGAUACGAGGAAGACUACUGUCGAGAGAAAAGGAGGAGUGACAAGAAGGACACUCGAAAGAGCCGUAGUCGGUCUCGAGAGCGCAGCAGCUAUUACAGCUCCAAAGAGAAGUUCAGAGAACCAAGAGAGAAGGAAAGAGAACGAAAGAGAGACCGCAGCCCAAAGAAGUUCGAGUCUUCUAAAUACAGAGAGAAAGAUUGAGCAAUAUAUUUGUAUUCAAAAUAAUUUCUGUUAAGGAACAUAUUGGUGCAUAUGUUUUAUGAGCAGUAUGUUUCAAAACACAUCGAAAAAAUGAGGAUUAUCAUUACUUGUUGCAGUGUAUAUGUACGUAUGCAGUUUUCUUUCUUGGAAAGACCGUGCAUAACAGACACAUUCUGUUAUAUUUGUAAUUUGUGACCUAACUUCCUACUUAAUAUCAUUUUGACAUACGGUAAAAAUGGCGCAAUUACAUUUGUAUUUCAUGCAAUUUUAUAACAAAACUAUAGACAUAUUUUGUAAUUAUCAUGAAUAUAUGGAUAUUUCCUCUUGUUUUUCAUAAUAAAAAAGUAAACCUA